GCUCUUUUGGGGCCGUUUUGGGGCUGUUUCGGGGCUGCGGCCGUAAGCACCGAGGCAGCCCCGUCGGGGGCGGCUGGAGGUGAGGGUGGACCCGGGAACGGUCGCUCGGCGUGCUGGUCUGUGACGAGCUGCAUUUUUGAGGAGUCAAAGGGUAGAUGAGGACUUUGCUGGCAGUGCUGUUAUAUAAUCAAUUGGAAGGUAUGUUGAGCUACCUCUUUAGAGGCAGAAUCUAAACUAAAGGCUUACAGAGCCUCAGCACCAUAGAGGAGAACCUCUAUAGUGACAGUUUGGUUAAGCAAAUUCUCCUGAGGAUAGCCUUCUGUAAUCUCCAGAGAUGGCAGCUGUUGCAGUGCUAGAGGAGGAAUUACUUUCAAUUGAAAAUGAGCUGCAGGCAGUGGAGAUGCAGAUUCAGGAGCUUCUGGAUAAACAGCAAGAACUCGUUCAGAAGAAGACAAUGUUAAAAGGGCUGAUAAAGAAGUCCUCAGAAGACUUGGAGGCAGGGGGAAGUAAAGAAACUGAAACCUCAGCUGAAGCGUGGAACAAAAAAGAUUUUCCAUGGUAUGAGAAGAUAAAAACUGCACUGCAGAGCAAGUUUAAACUCCAGAAGUUCAGGUCCUUGCAACUUGAAACAGUAAAUGCUGUAAUGGCAGGAAAGGAUGUAUUGGUCAUGCCUACAGGUGGUGGAAGAGCCUUGUUAUCAGUACCAGCUGUCUGUUCUGAUAUGCCCAAAUAAUUUAUUGUUACAGGUUUCACACUCGUGAUAUGUCCUUUGAUAUCACUUAUGGAAGAUCAGCUCAUGGUUCUGGAACAGCUUGGCAUUUGCACUUUAUUAAAUGCUUCAAGCAGUAAGGAACAUGUGAAGUGGGUUCAUACUGAAAUGCUAAACAGAAAUUCACAACUGAAGCUCAUUUAUGUGACCCCGGAGAAGAUUGCAAAAAGCAAAAUGUUCAUGUCAAAGCUAGAGAAAGCUUACCAAGCGGGGUGUCUUGCUCACAUUGCUGUAGAUGAGGUCCACUGUUGUAGUCAGUGGGGCCAUGACUUCAGGCCUGAAGAGAAAUCCCUUGGUAUCUUGAAAAGACAGUUUCCCAAUGCUCCCUUGAUUGGGUUAACUGCAACUGCUACAAAUCAUGUUUUAAAGGAUGCUCAGACAAUUUUGCAUGUUCAGAAAUGCAUUACUUUUACUGCAUCUUUCAACCGGCCCAAUCUUUCCUUUGAGGUUCGGCAUAAACCUUCAAGUAAUGAAGAUUUCAUUGAGGACAUUGUUAAGGUCAUUAACGGAAGAUACAAAGGGCUCUCAGGAAUAGUGUACUGCUUUUCUCAGAAGGACUCUGAGCAAGUUACUAUGAGUUUGCAGAAACUGGGAAUCAAGGCAGGGACUUACCAUGCAAAUAUGGAUGCUAAAUAUAAGACCAAAGUUCAUAAAGGAUGGGCAGCAAAUCAAAUCCAGGUUGUAGUGGCAACUGUUGCUUUUGGCAUGGGAAUUGAUAAACCCGAUGUGAGGUUUGUAAUUCAUCAUUCCAUGAGCAAGUCAAUGGAGAACUACUACCAAGAGAGCGGACGUGCAGGUAGGGAUGACCAAAAAGCUGACUGCAUUUUGUAUUAUGGUUUUGGAGAUAUAUUCAGAAUCAGCUCAAUGGUAGUGAUGGAAAAUGUAGGGCAAGAGAAGCUGUACGAUAUGGUGUCUUACUGCCAGAAUGCAAGCAAGUGUCGCCGGGUCCUCAUAGCCCAUCAUUUUGAUGAAGUAUGGGAUUCUGCACACUGCAACAGAAUGUGUGAUAACUGCUGCAGAGAAAACUCACUUGAGAAAAUGGAUAUCACAGGGUACUGCAGGGAUCUAAUCAAGAUACUUGAGCAAGCUGAAAACAUGAGUGAGAAACUCACUCCACUGAAGUUAGUUGAUGCAUGGUCUGGGAAAGGUGUAUCAAAAUUAAGGGUGGCUGAAGUUACUCCACCAAAGCUCCCUCGAGAGGAACUGGAGAGAAUCGUUGCCCAUUUACUGCUGCAGCAGUAUCUGAGGGAAGACUUCAGCUUCACGGCAUUUGCUACAAUAUCCUACCUGAAGAUAGGACCAAAAGCGGGACUGCUGAAAAAUGAGGCUCACCACAUCACAAUACAAGGGACAACAAACAAGAAGAGUGUUCACAGGAAUAAACCAUCUGAGUCUUCAGCUUCAAAAGGAAGUAGUGAAAAUGCUCAGACUAUUUCAGAGACUGUCCAAGAUUCAGCAGUGAAGAAGCCACAAGAACGUAAGCGGCAUAACUGUGGAUCUAACUUAAAAGCAAAGAAGUUUAAGCUUCAAGCAGGUGGACGUGACCAGCCAGUAGUUCUUGACUGAGUCGUACAGUUGACAUUUAGGAUCUCAUGUUUGCCUCUCCAUAGACAAUCCAGUGUGUAAGCUCAAUUUGUGUUUUAGUAAUGGUAUUUUGUGUGCUUUUAAAAUUAAAUUUAAAAUUUAAUUUAAACAAGGAUCUUUAAAAUCCUCAAGUCUAGCGAAAGUCUUGUGGUUAAGGGAAAAUUGCUUGAUAUCAAAAUAAUUGUGUGCAUCUUACGAUACAGCAAUGACUACAAACUGUAAGUAAUUAUUGUGUUGCCUUUAUUAACUCUUUUGGAAGUCUAGUGUAUAGAAACUACUAUAGUAAAUAUUGCAGAGUCACAUGUUGGAAGGGACUUCCAGAAAUCUAAUCCAGCCUCCUGCUCAAAGUGGGUCCAGUCAGAACAGUGUGCUCAGGGCUGCGUCCAGUUGAGUUUUGAUUAUCCCCAUGAAUGGAGACUUUGCAGCCUCUCUCAGAACCUGCUCUGGUGUUUGAGCAGCUUCAUG